AGGGUUGAAGGAGUACUGAUCUUCCGUUCUUUCUCUUCAAAUUUUCUCUUAUAAGAGAGGAUUGAUUUAAUUUUGUGGGGGAGGAACAAAGAGAGGACAGAUGAAGAUCAUACAAAAAAUACAAGAGGAAAUAUGGGGAGGAAAGAGCACACAAAAACAGAUAGAUAAGAGAUCUCUCCAGGGUUUCCUCCACACCCAUCUUCCCUUGAUCUGCUUGAUYACCUUUCAAAUUCAAGUAGCUGAAGAGAUAUGUUUGGGAUCGUCAUGGCAGAGGCGGUGGCAAUGGUGGCGCUCGGGUGGUUGUUGUGUGGAGUUGAGGGUAGAGAUCCGAUGCUCCAUAGGGUUGGAGGAGGAAAAUACACUUGGGCGCCUAAUGUUAACUUCACUGAUUGGUCGAUUCACGAGCACUUCUACGUUGGUGAUUGGCUUUAUUUUGGGUUCGAUAAGCAUAUCUACAACGUGCUGGAAGUGAACGAGACGAGCUACGAGAGUUGCAACGAGAAGGAUUUCAUUUUCAACAUCACAAGGGGAGGCAGAGAUGUGUUCAAUCUAACACAAGCAAAGCCAUACUACUUUCUAAGUGGGAGAGGCUUUUGCUAUCAAGGAAUGAAACUUGCUGUUUUUGUUGAAGAAUCUCCUCCAAAUAAUAAUUCACCACCAAAUCUCCCCAAAAUGUCCAACCUCUCUCCAUCUAUAUUACAACCACUAUUUUCUCUCCCCCUCUUGCUAUUCACCAUUAUUGCUAAUUUUAUUUCCUUCUUCUAAGAUUUAGGGUUAAUCUUGAUUAUAUGUUGAUUAGGGCUAGGUUUAGAAUCCUAACUAUAGUUUUGAGUUGYCAAAGUUGAUGAAAAUAAAAAGGAUUAUUAAAGCCGAUUAUGUCGGUAAUUAGCUAGGGUUUAGGGUUUAGGGAUACGGAUAGGACUGUGUUGAAGUUUUUGAGCUUCUUGAUUUGUUAUAAAUUUUUAAGUUUGUAU